CGCGCGGGUAAGUUUCAAAACAAAAAUGGCGACAGAAAGAGCGACUGCGAUACUAGAAAGGACUGAUCCUUCUCUUUUGAAGCCAUGCGACUCCACCGAGGCUCAGGAUGCCGGAGAGGGAAAAGUUAUGACCACGUAUUUAAUGGACUGCAGACGGAAACAGAAGAUCAUGUGCCAGCAGUAUGGUGUGAUGGACGAUAUGUUAAAGCUUCUUGCAGGCCUGGAGUCAGCAGAGCAGUUCCUGAAUGAACCAUGUCCACCUAAACCAGACACUGAGGCCAGCACUCCUUGGAAGGCUUUAAAGGCGGAGUAUCUUGAGCAGGUCCAAGAAAUUGAAGGGCUGAUAUGCACACUAGUGGAGCACAUGGACGAGUUGCUCAAAAAACGUCAAAAGCUGGAGGCUCUGCUGGUAGCCCUGGAAAAAAAAAAAGAGGAGUGCAAGAAACAGGAGAGAGCUGCACUACAGUCGAAGCAGAGAGCUGAGAAACAGCUGAGUCUGCGAAUAGAUGUGUCCCUGCAGACAGCCCAGGAUGCCUUGCGUGCAUGUGACAAACGGCUUUUGGAAAUUAAAACUCAAGUAGAUAAACUGUUAGCCCAGGUGUCUAAUUGGACAGCUUUUAGAGAAAGGUUGCAGGAUACCCUGGAAGUUACUCGGGCUAAUAUGCAGUACAGGCUGUUGUCUGCGAGCCCCUCUGAGCUGCAAUUAGAGAUUCUGCCUCGCUCCACUCAGCAGUCCCUGCAACCGCUUCAUCUGUCCGUCGCCAUGACAACAGAAGACCACUUCCGCCUGAAGGUUUUUCAGGGCACUGCAGGCCUCUUGGAGGAGUCUGUGGAAGGCCAUGUAAGAGAGCUAAGUGCUGCCCUGUUGGAAGUGAUGGAGUGCUACAUUAGUCAAGGAAAGAUGCUUGCUGAAAUCCAGGCACUUCAUUCCAGGUUUGCAAUCGACUGGUUUCCAGCAAAGCGCCUGCUGAUCUUUCUUAAGUCUGCCUCUACAGUGUGCCACCUGGAGCUGGAUGAAGGUUACCCGUUAAGUGGGCGUGCCAAACUGCUUGCUGUGCGCAAAGAUGGCAACCUUCUCAAUCUUUCUGUCCUGCAGCCCCCUGUGAUGAAUCCUACUCUGACAGAUUGGCUUGAGUUUCUCUCGUCCUAUCCAGAUUUCUGAACACUGCAGCAUCAUGCUAGUCGGGUGGUGUAGGGUCCCAAAAUAUGGCUGCAUCUCUCUACUGUAUGUGCAUGCUAAAAUAGUCUUAUGUUUCACCUGGUAAUGUAUUUAAACUGAAAUGACUCUCAAAUGCUGUUAGUAACUGUCUACACUUAUUUACACUUGAUUUUGUCAACCUGGACAUCAAGUAUGGUCUUUUCUGUGUUUUGUUCUGUGUAUUCUAUCUUACUUUCAUUCUAAAGGAAUCUCCUGUUGGUUCUACUAAAUCAGUGUGUAUGUUGUUCUGUAUUAAAUUUUAUAAUAGAAAAUAA